UGCAGAUCUCAGAUUCCAUUGAAACCAUGGCUUAAACGCACCUUUUGAACAUGUGCUGGCGUUUCUGCCAAUUUGUCCAAGAUCAAUGAAGGAGGAAUGGUCGACACUCUACCGGGCACCACAGAUGCAUGCAGAGAGUGGUGCCUGGCUUGAGGGCUUUUCAAAACGAGAUGCGCAGGCAAUCCUCAUAGCACUUCCGUGGACAGUGCUCCUGUCAUCGCUGACCUGCUUCAUGGUGCUUUAUGCCUUGGAGGCUGGAUUGCAUUUAUUCCUGGUUGUGUUUGAACGGGUUGUGAACGCAUCACAUUACCUAAUAGCUCUGGGAUGUGCCCUCUAUGUGCCUGUGGCUCUUCUUGUGGAGAGACCGAGCUCAUGUUGUCGCAGUGGUCCGCGCAGAUCCAAGGAGGGAUGGAUCGCGAUUGGUGCGGUAGCAGCUUGUGCAGUCAUUGCUCUGUGCUACGCAAACAGCGUGCACAGCCUUCCAGACAGAAAGCUCUGGAUCUCUUUCAUCCAUGGAUCCUUCGCAUUUCGAGCAGCUACAACUGGGGAAUUCCUUCUGCAGAUUGCAUGGCUCUGGUCGGCUGCAGGCUUGCGGUGUGAAAAAGGCCAGUCAGUGCCAAGCUGGCGUCGCUGGAGCUACAGCCUGCUCGUCUUGCUGUGGAGCUUCACAUGGUGGGUUGGGGAUGAUCAGCAGCUUAGUGUUGAUGAUAUUCCUUUCUUUCUAGGCUAUUCUGCUCGCGUCAUACUCUUUGUAUAUUGUGUCACACGAGUCUUCAGGAAGUGCGCUCGGCACUGCCAGUGCUGCUGCUUUUGUUGCCGCGAUGAAUGGGUUUGUUUGGAAAACCUUCCUUGCACGCCAGGUCGGGAGAGGCUUCGAUACCUUCUCUUCUACCUGCUCACGCGGCCGCCCUUCCUUCUCAUCAUGAACUUGCCUUUAGGCUAUCCAUUGGCAUUUUUGGCAACAUGGGCCUUGCUGGUUCGAUGUGGCUUGAUACUCUUGAUUGCUCUCUCAUUGCGUCCAGCUCCCACACCGGUGGAGGAACAUGAAAUGGAAAGAUCUACGAGAGAACAAUUUGAUGUUCUGCUAGCGCUCCACCUGUGCGACUUUUCCUGGGAGACCUACCAAGGGGCACCUGUACCAGCUGUUGUUGUCAUCUCCGGUUGCGGUCAUCCAGAGUUGAACGGUGAAUACACACAGGAAGGCCGUGACCAGAAUGAUUUCCCCAUCUACAAGCGAGACCUGCCACAACACAUGGAGCGACAGGCCUUUCUCCAGAACACUGACGGUGUGUGGGAGGUGGUGACAAAGAGCACUUCGUCCGCGUCGUCGACUUCUUCUGAUGAGCGGUGGGUCUAUGCUGAAGCUGAAAGUGCAGAAACACCGACGCAGGUUCAAGGUGUUUGGAGUGAGAUGGGCUUCAAGGAAGGUGAAGAGAAAGAUUGCACAGUUUCCAAUGCAAAGCUGAAGAUAACCACGGGUCCUGGUGAAGCAAAACGGCAUCAUUCUGUUUCUGGCGGCUGCCCCUUGCUUGACGUGCAGUGGUUGUUGGCAGAACAGAUGGGAAACCUGACCAGCGAGGUGCAGGAUGGAGUGCCUGGUGUGUCGCAAAGUUCUUCAGGAAGUACGGAAGACAGAAGCGCCGAAGAAGUCUCCAUUGUUGUAGCCUUCCGUGGAACCCAGAGCGUCAAGAACAUGUUGACCGAUGCCCGCAUAUCGCUGCAGCCCUUGGCAGAGGAGUCAAAGACUGGACCUUUUGGUCUUUGCGAAGGCCCUGUUGCAUGCUUUGACCUUGAAGCCAAGGUAGUGACCAAGCUUGGCAGCGCACAAGGAACACCACUAAAUCCUUUUUCGCCUUUGUCGGGAGCUGCUGACCCUUUGCAAAGCACAACAGGCUCAGCAGCAAGCCUAGGAGGACAAGAGGAUGCCGGCCUGCCUGGAUGUUGUCGUCUCCUCGCACAGUGUUGCACGAAGUUGUUUUUCCCUUUUGUUCCUUCUGACGAAGAUGAUGAUGAAGAGCUUAGCCUGGAGGUCUUAGAGAAUAUUCGUGUACACAGAGGCUUUGCAGAGGCAUAUGGGGCUAUUCGUUCCGAUGUUCUUGCAAUCUUAAAGGCUCGAUUGGACCAUUGGCAGAAGCUGGGUGUGACUACCAAAGUUUUUGCCACUGGCCAUUCUAUGGGUGGUGCAAUAGCCAAUCUUUUUGCGUCAUUGCCCUUUGAUCGACCCGUUGUGGUGUACACGUUCGGAGCUCCGCGUGCAGGCAAUGCGGCAUUCCGCAGCGUGUACAAUGCUCUAGUCCCCCAGACCUUUCGUGUGGUGGCUUCCCGGGAUGUUGUACCUACUUUGCCGCCAAGCAUUGCGUACAGGCAAAUUGGGAAGGAAGUGUGGGUAGAUGACGCUGGAGAACUUACCUUCGUGAUGUCGUGGGCUAUGCGGCAUAUUUUGCCAGCACGAGACAGUGUUUGGUAUCAUCCAAUGCUUGCUUACUAUCGGCUACUCAACCGAGCUUUGCUUCGGAAGACUGGCCGGCCGUUUCCGUCGCGUUUCAGAGGAGAGUCAACGAUUCAAGAGGCUCUGAAUGGCAAACCCUUGAGUUCGUAGUGCUGCCUGCGAGAUCAUCUGCUUUGUUGAGUCUGAGUACAUGUUAGGCUCAGAUCAAGGUCACACAUUGCAUUUUGUCGUUGAUACUUUCUGCUUAAUCGGUACUGAUGAUUUGCGGGCUUGGAGGACCUCAAGUAGCAGCAAAAAGAAGUCGCACGGCACCGGCGGUUUUGCCUGUGCAUGCAAACUUCAUUCUCUACCGCUUCAAGCAACCUAACUAACAUGAGUACAGGACCUUCCAAAGAGGGUCACAUUAUGUCACAAAGACACUCUUCAUUUAUACUGCCUUGAACAGAGUAAGGGUUGCCUUUCGCAGAACUCAUAUGUAAGGAAAUAAUGUUCUUUGGUGUGUUUCUACCUUUAGAACAUGACUCAUAAGUCCC